AUGCUUAGAGUCCUUGCGAGUUAUCGUGUUGUGAGCAGAGGCACAAUAAGUAGAGUUAACACCAAAACAGCAUUAAAGCCCCAGAAACGCUAUUUGAAGAUCACUGCGAUGAGCCAAAACUGGAAUCAAAACCUAACGCCGGAACAGUUGCUGGUUCUGCGUGACAAGCACACUGAAAGACCCCACACCGGUGCUUACUUGCACAACAAAGACGGUGGUGUGUACCAUUGCGCGAAUUGCGACGAACCGCUAUACAAAAGCGAGACAAAAUUCGACUCGCAAUGCGGUUGGCCGUCAUUUUACCAAGAAGUGCGUCCCGGAGCCAUCACAUACCACACCGACAAUACCCUUGGAAUGAAGCGAACGGAGAUUUGCUGUGCGAAAUGUGGCGGUCACAUGGGACAUGUGUUUGAGGGCGAAGGAUGGAAAGAAAGGCUGGGGUUGCCUGAGGAUGUCAGGCACUGUGUCAACAGUGCAUCAUUGAAUUUCAAAAAGAAUUAG